CAUUGACAAUUAAAAUUAAGUGUCAAAAUUAUUUUGCCCACUGUUGCGGUGUAUUUUUCAUUAUUUUGAAAGACACCUGCACCAAUAUAAAUAUCUGAUACAUAUAAAUUAACAUUACGAAUACAAAACUUAAUAUCGUUUUAUUCGAUUAGUUUGCGUUCUUUGAAUAAGAUGGCUUCGCCUUUAGAACAAUUUGUGGACAAUGUGAGGACCAUGUCGGCUUCAGGGUCGUUUCGUGAGUUGUGUGAGGUUAUUGGCAAGUCUGACGAGGUCCUGCAGCGUAACAGUGCACACCUGUCCACAGUGUUGGAAACACUUGAUAUUCAGCAGCAUUCUUUAGGUGUCCUCGCUGUCCUAGUUGCUAAAUUCUCCCUAGCACAGGGUGGCGAUGUAGACAAGUCUACAAUGUUCAAACAGAUCCAUGAUUUUCUCACUAAUUGCAAUGGUGAACAAGUGCGGUUCUCACCUGAAUUGUAUGCAGAGUUGUGUCACCUUUUAACACUCUACUUAGUAGAAAUAAAGCAACCAACCAGAGGCAUAGAGAUUCUGAAGAAAGCUAUCAGGAAGAUUCAGCUCUUUGAUUCACAACUUACUUCUAUCCAUGCAGACUUGUGCCAGCUCUGCUUACUAUCAAAAUGCAUGAAACCUGCUCUAGAGUUCUUGGAUACAGAUGUCACAGGAAUUGGACCUGAGCUUGGUGGUAAUAAUGACUCGAAGCACUUCCUGCUUUACUAUUACUAUGGAGGUAUGAUCUACACAGCCAUGAAGAACUAUGACAGAGCCUUAUACUUCUUUGAAGUGGUUGUAACCGUACCCGCCAUGGUGGUGUCACAUAUCAUGUUAGAAGCUUAUAAGAAAUACAUAUUGGUGUCAUUUAUUUUACAUGGAAAGAUAUUGCCCAUGCCAAAAUAUACUUCACAAGUUGUCUGCCGCUUUCUGAAGCCCUUGUCAGUGGCUUACCAUGAGUUAGCUACCUCCCAACAUGCAGCUAUCAAGCAUCGUGAGACUUUUGUUAGAGACAAAAAUAUGGGACUAGUCAAUCAAGUGUUAAGUUCAAUGUACAAAAAGAACAUUCAAAGGCUGACAAAGACAUUUUUAACACUGUCAUUAAGUGACGUAGCUGCUCGAGUGCAGCUGGCGGGCCCAUCACAGGCUGAAAGUUACAUACUAAAUAUGAUAGAGGAAGGCGAAAUAUACGCAAUGAUCAAUCAAAAGGAUGGCAUGGUGGUCUUCCUGGACAGUCCUGAAAAGUACGCAUCUCCUGAAACAUUGUGCGUGUUAGAACAACAAAUGGCCGCUUGCACCAAACUGCACCAGUACAUCCAAGAGAUGGAUGAGCAGAUACAAGUCAAUCCCCAGUAUGUCAAGAAAUCUGUCGGGAGCCACGAUGAAGAUAUACCAGCUACCAGCCAGAACUCCAAGACUACUUAUUCAAUGUAAUCUUAUAGAUACUCAUUUUUUAUUAUAAUAGUACGUAAUUAAAACACA